GAUGACGCGGACGGUUUCUCUCAGAUACCCCUGCCACCUGCGUUAGCCAUGGAACGAUGGUGUAAGCAGCGGAUACCUCGAAUCGGAAUGCCACGCCCAUGUUCCUUUUGUCCAUAUCUGGAGUUAUAUAUCUUGUUGCAUUUACUGGUUGGCACAAACUGGAGCACGCACGGGGUCGGCGGUUUGCGGAGACGGAGUCUUUUCCUUCUUCGAGGCGGCGCGGGAGGCAGUUGUUUUUUCUCUCUCUGCCACCGUCUUGUUCUUCCCUUUAUCGCCACGACAGUCAAACGACAUGAUGAUGAUCCGGCUCUUCCUGUCUUACAUGAUAUAUCGUUCCUGCAUCUACACAUCAUACAACACCCUUGUUUUGUUGGUGUCCCGCCUUCCUGUUGUAUUUGGAGCCGGUCAAGCGCGUUAUUGGGGGUCAUAAAAAAGAGCAAAAAUAAAAGUCUGGGGGUUGGUUGGGCGGCUGGUUGUUGAGACGGUUUCUUCCGUUUCUUCCCCUUCCACGGCGGACUUCCAUUGCCGUCGAGGUGUUUGUGUUGGCAUUCAGAUAUAUCUAUCUGCCUGCCUUGAUUUAGGCUCUUUAUGUGCUGCACCGGCACUUAUUCUACGUUAUUAUCCCGUUUGGGGAAUUGGGAUGCUGUUCCAAGACGAUGGCUGGCACGCGGAGGGAUUUAUGAGUUCUGGAUUGGACCGG